GCUCACGUUGUUGCUGACAUCAGAGGCGCAGCUCCAGGGAAAAACUCAGCUCCUCUCUCUCUCUGCUAGUGUGUGUGUGGAGACCAAGCGAAGAGCAGGCUGAAGAAAACAAACUAACUUUCCUCCUCUGGAGCACAUCAGCCAUCAAGCAGUUUGUUGCUUGUCUGUGUAAACACACAGACUCUGGAGCAAUGCACCACAUCUCUCAGCCUCAACAACAACAGCUUGUGAUCCUCCAGCACUGAGCGCAGUUUCCGGAUACCAGACCACUGUUUUUUGGGGAAGAUUUGCUCUGCAUCUGCUGGGAUUUUUCCACUCUUCCUAACAUUUUUUUUUUAUAACAAUCUGUGAUAAUUUACUCUAAAUUCAUCUUCACACAUCCUGCAGAAACAACUACAACAUGGAGACACACUGAUAACAAGGAUGAAAUCUUCGCCUGCAGAGAGAAGUUGAGCUCUGCGCUCGAAUUCACCAGGGCCACUUCCUGAUGAUGACAGUAAACAUGGAUGACGGUCUCCAAAAUGGACCGGGACAGCACAGGAACUCACAAGAUGACGAGGAGGCGCUCAACUCCAUCAUGAAGGACCUGGCAGCCCUGGGUCGCUGCUACACCCAGCACAACAGCCACAAGCCCAAGAACAGAACAUUACUCUACAAACAGGAUUUAAGAGUCAAGCUGGAGCAUGAGAGAGAAAAACGGAUCAUCCCGUUCCAGAGGCCGCUGAAGAUCAAGGAGCUGCUGCAGAAAGUGACCGAGGCCUUUGGCCAACAGAUGGACAUGUUCUUCAUGGAAAAAGAGCUGCUGCUGCCCCUGAAGACCCAGGAGGACCUGGAUCAGGCGGUGCUGACGUUGGGCUGCAGCUCGGGGACCAACGGGCUGCUCAGGAUACUGCUAAAAACCCCUAAGAACAACCAUUACCUACAGGUGAACAGCAGGGACAAACAGAGCGAGAUGAGGUCAUCGCGGUCACUGGGAGAUCUGAAGGGCUCCCUGCUCAAGGGCUCGGAGAGGGUGCGCAAACACUCGACAGGUUCCCUGCACACGGGUCGGACGUCCCCACCUCCGGGCAGCGUCCCCGAGGAGCAGCAGCAGAUUGCCCGCCAGGGCUCCUACACCAGCAUUCACAGUGAAGGGGAGUUCAUCCCCGAGACUAUGCUGGAUGCCUUCGGGAGUGCGGACAACUCACUGUCGAGCAGCUGUCAAUCAAUAGAUCAAGCACUGGACAGUCCUCCUUUCUCGCAGAACAACCGCGACAAUAAUUACCUGAACCUCAACUAUGAAUACAAAGGUCGCCAUGGGAAAGGAGGGACUUUCCCUCGCCAGUUCCAGUUGCCCAAUCGCAGCAAGGAUUACGGAGACCGUCGCAGGACACUUCCGCGCAGCUUUAUGCCGCAGGAGAACCUGUUUCAGCUGGUUCCUUCCAGUCGCACACGCAGUUAUAAUGGAGACAGUACAGCGCUGCAGUACAGCGACCUGCGCUCGCUGGGCCGCACCAUCGACAAGAGCUGCCAGCGGGGUACAGCCAAGUCGCCGCGGGCGCCAGUCAACUGGCGACAGGGAAAGCUCCUGGGGCGCGGGGCGUUCGGGGAGGUCUACCUCUGCUAUGACGCAGACACAGGCCGCGAGCUGGCUGCCAAGCAGGUGCCCUUUGACACCGACUGUCAGGAAACCAGCAAGGAGGUGAAUGCUCUGGAGUGUGAGAUUCAGCUGCUGAAGAAUCUGCGUCACGAGCGGAUCGUUCAGUACUACGGUUGUCUUCGGGACCUUGAGCAGAAGAAACUCACCAUUUUUGUGGAGUUUAUGCCCGGGGGCUCAAUAAAGGACCAGCUGAAAGCCUAUGGAGCCCUGACAGAGAAGGUGACGAGGAGAUACACCAGGCAGAUCCUCCAAGGAGUCUCCUACCUGCACAGCAACAUGAUUGUACACAGAGACAUCAAAGGUGCUAACAUCCUGAGAGACUCCUCGGGGAACGUGAAGCUGGGAGACUUUGGAGCCAGCAAACGUAUCCAGACCAUCUGCAUGUCUGGUACAGGAAUCAAGUCCGUCACUGGCACCCCCUACUGGAUGAGCCCCGAAGUCAUCAACGGGGAGGGCUACGGCCGCAAAGCUGAUGUAUGGAGCGUUGCCUGCACCGUCGUGGAAAUGUUGACCCAGAAACCCCCGUGGGCAGAGUACGAGGCCAUGGCUGCCAUUUUUAAGAUCGCCACCCAGCCUACGAAGCCCAUGCUUCCCGACAGCGUGUCUGACGCGGGCAGGGACUUCCUGCGGCAGGUGUUCGUGGAGGAGAAGUGGCGGCCCACCGCAGACUGUCUGCUCAGCCACCCGUUCGUCCAGGGCUGCUUCUGAGGCCCGCGGACCCCCUUUCCCCUCCCCUGCCUUUGCCUGCGAGGCCUCCGCGGUCCCGGCACCUCCCAUCCUCGUCCCCAAAAGGGCCCACCCCCGCGCCCCUACCCUCGUCACCAGGGCUCAGCAUCACUCCAACUUCCUGCCCUGCCAUCUAUCACCAGUGUCUGCCUUGUCAGGAACCCCUGCAUCUCUCAGCAACUAGCUCAACCCUGAUAACUCACCGAGAGGCCGGGUCGACUGCCGUCAGACCUCCAGAGUCCUCCGAGGCGUCGCAGUGUUUUUGCCGCCAGGAGGGGGGCUGACGAGAAAGCACUUAGCGGUCUCACAAGCUACAGACUGCUGUUCUUUAUCAAGAGCAGGAAAAGUGACGCGAGAUAGCAACUUUCUGGGUCUUUUACUGCCGCAGAACAGUGUCGAGGUUCGGCCAGACACCAUGUAACCGUGACUGGUGGCACGUCUGAUAGUACUGUACUCAUCAGCCUCAGUUAGCUGUGUGCGAAACUAAGAUGGCGAAAUAUUUUUAUAUGACAUACAAUAACACAUACAAAGUCAUCUUAGCCGAGGAGUUUUCUAAAAAUGUAAAUGUAUUUUUGUCAACGCCUUACAAUAAGAGUUUGUAAGUAAGAAUGUCUUCUUUUUUUUUUUUUUUUAGAGGGUCGCCGCAUUACCCGACUUUCACGGCACUCAGAGCCCCAUUUAGAAGGAUUGUCAACGUUGCACUUUUGAUAUCAUGCAUUGAAACAUUUUGCAACAUGCAGGAUAAUCAACCGAGGAGAUAUUUUUCUAUUUGAAGCAUUUUUUUUUAUAUCAUUUCGUAAAGGAGAAUAGUGUAAAGAGAAAAAAAGAAAACCAAACUUUUGCAUCAUUUUGUGUGCAAUGUCUAUUAAGCAAUACCAACAGUACUGUUGGAGUCCAUUCCAGCUUCCCAUGCAGUGAGUCCAUCGGCAAAAAAAAAAAAAAGUGGCCAAAGAAAAGUUGCAGAAACUUUAGGCUGAGUUAACGUGCAGUAUUAGUCGGAUUGUUUUGUCACCUCAGAGCCCCUAUAGCCUUUUUCUAUGUUACGGCAGCUUCGUGCACAGUAGACUGCACAGACCAAAUCAAAUGCAUCGAUCGUGUUAGUAUGAAAAGUUAGAUUGAAGUCUCAUCUUUGUUGUAACUUCAGUAUGAAUCCAGUCACCCCAUGCCUUUACUUUGCUUUCAUAUGAAUGGGUCGCUUAAUGACCACCUGACAGCACACCUCGCUCUGUGCGUCGUCAUGUGAGACGAUAUUACAAGUCGCCAAAACAAAGGGUCAAAUACAGAGCUGUAUUCUUUAACAAUGGAGGUUUAACAGGGGAGCUUGAUGUCAGAGGUGUAGCGGCUAGCUGUAACACAGCAGCACUUAAGGAAUGAUCAAAUCUUUUUUUGACCCUUGUCAGUGCCUUAUCUGAAUCUGCUUGUAAACACAAACUGCCAAAGCGGAAAGCUUCUUAAUAAGGUGAGCAGCUGUUCAGUAGAGAGAGAGCACACACAGGAUUUGCUGAAGUUCUUUUAUAUGGAGAAAAAAAAAAAAAAGAUUAUACUGUAAAUACAUAUUGUUCUGCACUUUUGUAUGAAAUUUCUUUACAUUAUAUACAAAUCUAUUUGAUGAAAUAGCUACGUUAUACAGUAGGUUGUACUGUGAUUUAGACAGGAUGUAUGUACGUCUCUUUGAGAGCUGUGGCAGGCAGUAUGAAAAGGCUGGGAGGCUUUCGAUUGGGACAGAGUUCGUUUUGUCUUAAUGACAAAGCCUUGAAACAUGAAAUGUAUCAAGUCGUUGAUCUUUUUGUACAUUUAACUUAAUAAAUCCAAGGUCUAAGACUGUU